UUGGCGCAGCAAUGAUGCGUUUCAUCCUUCUGAUAUUUGUCUUGGUCAAGUCUGGGUGCGCACAGCACCCGAGCGCACUUGUAGAAGAAUUUCACCCACCUCUUCCGAUUCAGGUUUGUGAUGAGACUGGAUGCCAGACUGAGGAUACUUCAUUCGUGAUGGAUCCAUCUCGGCGUGGUUUGAUGUCAGUCGCCGACAACGAACAAACGAAUUGCCGGACAAGCGAUGGAUAUGAUCCCGUCCUAUGCCCAGACGGGCUAACUUGUGCAGAGAAUUGCGCUAUUUCUGGUUUCACCCAAGAAGAUUAUGACGUCAAAUGGGGAAUUUCUUCCGAAGGAAAUGCAAUAACGUUUAGAUAUCUUACAGAUUACACCAUUGGUGGUGGAGGGUAUCUAUUAGCUACCGAAGAUAAGUAUAAAAUGUUUAAAAUGAAAAAUCGUGAAAUCGCUUUCGAUGUGGACAUGUCCAAGCUUCCUUGUGGAUUGAACGGAGCGCUAUUUUUCGUCGAGGUUGAAGAGGACGGGGGAAUGGCUUCUUAUCCUAGUAAUAAAGCUGGAGCCAAGUACGGAUUAGGAGUGUGUGAUGGUCAAUGCAAGCAUGACUUGACAUAUUAUGGAGGCAAAGUCAACGUUGACGGCUACGCGGAGGAAGGUGCAUGCUGUUUCGAGUUCGAUCUCUGGGAGGCUAAUGCAUGGGCAACCGCCUAUACGACGCACGGCUGCUCAAUCCAAGGCUACUAUUUGUGCACUGGAACUGAGUGCGGCGACGGUGAUGAUAGAUACAACGGGGUCUGUGACAAGGACGGCUGUCUCUACAACAGCUUCAAACUGAACGAUCACUUCUUUUAUGGAGCAAACGAAAGCUUUGUUAUUGAUACCAGAAGACCAUUCACAGUAGUGACUCAGUUUGUAACUGUAGAUGGAACAGACUCAGGAGAUCUGAAUGAAGUAAGAAGGAUAUACGUUCAAGACAACAUCGUAAUAGAAAAUUCUUUCGCCAAUUAUCACGGAUUAGAAAACUAUAACUCCAUAUCUGACGACUUCUGUGCUGAUUUAACCGCAUACAUUGGAGGAGCCAAUUACGCUGCAUCCGUGGGGGGCAUGAAAGGUAUUGGUGAUGCCCUGGACCGCGGGGUUGUGCUGGAUUUUGCUCUCUGGGCCGACUCAGGCUCCUACAUGUUGUGGCUGGACGGUCUCUUCCCGCCUGACGCCGACCCCGCAACCCCUGGUGCCUUGAACGGACCUUGUCCGGCUGACAGCGGCAGACCCGACGAUAUUAUCGUUGAUUACCCAGAUGCAGCCAUUACAUUCUCUAAUAUCAAAUAUGGAACUAUUGGUUCAACUUUCAGGAGGAAGUUAUGAGCUAUAAUCGUUCUGCGAACGAUUCAACCCGUGUUGUUUUAUUUCUUUUGUUCUGACAUGCCAUGUUGAAUUGAAAUUUUUCCUACCUGCUGCCGAGUGAUGAAUCCAUGCCUGCCUAUAAGUAAAGUAACCUAUAAAAUAAAUUUUCAAAAAGUC